GUGAAUCAAAUAAUAUAAUCAUCCAUGUUUGUUGUAUUUUAUUUCAACAUUUCUGUUGUUAUAGCGAGAUCCAAGCCAAGAGAAUGAAAUGCCAACUACUUCACUGCGUUCGUUGUAUACUUUGAUCUUUUCUUUAUUACUCCUACCUGAAUAUUACUGUUCUUUUAACGACGUGACGACAAAAGUUGGGAUUUCAUCCAUCAAUGGGCUGUUAGCUGCAUUUGGCGAUUUCAAUGGGGACAAAUCUACUGAUCUUUUUGUUAUAUCCAACCAAGGAAAGAACUUAGAUGUUUUGCUUUGGAAUGAAGGUUCCCAAAAGUUUGAUGGCCUAAAAGCUCUCGUGGCUUUUCCAUCAAGUGUUAUAGUCAAUGUUGGACCAGGAGAUUUUAAUGGUGAUGGGUGUAUGGAUGUUUUGAUUACCACUGAGACAGGCAAACCUGACGCAAGAAAUAUACAACCUAAAAGAGUCUAUGUCUUUUGGGGAAGUCUAAAUGAGAUAAGCAAAAUAGAGAAAUCCUUUCAAAUUCCUGAGGAGCUAAAGGACCAGCCUGUAAUUUUAGACGUUAAUGGUGACUUGAUACCUGAUAUUUUGGGUACAAUCUACAACUUGAAAAAUGCAAGCCUUGAAGUGAGAACUUACUGGAUAUCAGUAGGAAAAAACAAGACGUUUGAGAGACAAACCCAAAAAGCAAACUCAAAAGUCACUGAACAGAAUCAAGAAUUAUCGCCAUUGACAAUUCCUCAUUCAAAUGGUUUCUUGGAUCUAACUGGGGAUAUGACAGCAGAUCUGUUUGUAACCUCAAAGUCUGAAGACUACAAAUUUGAAAUUUGGGAAAAUAAGGAAGGAAUUCUGACUUACUCUCCUGAUAGCAUUGGUCUUCCUGAUGGUGUCAGUGCCAGAUCACAUGUCAUUGGUCAAUCAUCAUUUGCUGACUUUGACAGGGAUGGUAAAAUAGAUCACUUACUUCCUGUGUGCUCUUUACCAAACUGCCAAGACAGUCAAAUCUACAUCUACAUCAAUAACAAGUGGUCAAGGGUUUUAACCAAUAAUCAGGACACAUGGCAAUUCAUACCCCCCUCUGGCAAUGAGUCAAUUGCUAACACACCACUGAUGACAAUUAGAACAGGUGAUUACAAUAUGGAUGGAUAUCCUGAUGGACUGAUCAUCUUAGACAUCAUAACUCCAAAGAGAAUUAGAAGUGCACCAGUAUUGCUUGAGAAUGUUCCCUGCAGCAAUUCUGGACAUCACUGUGUAAAUGGAAGAACAUUCUCUGUGCAGUGGAAGUCUCUGAUGUCAUUAGAGGGAGCAGUGGUUGCUACAUUCUUUGAUCUUUAUGAGAAUGGAAUCACAGACUUCAUCAUAGUAACACAGACUACACCUGACAGUUUCAGACUCCAUGCUGUUCGUAAUAAUCUCUAUGUUGAUGCAUCAUUUGUCAAAGUGGCUGUUUUGAGUGGUGUAACCCUAACUUCCUGCAAAGGAGACAAGUUGCCGUAUGGAGUCAACCAAGCCGGUCCAUAUGUUAGUUAUACAAUGACUGAUAAUGAUGGAAAAGUGAAGACUGGUGCUGCGGCCCAGCUGUCUCAGUCUGGUUACUUUGCACUACAGUGUCCAUACAUAGUGUUUGGUUUGGGACGAACUCCAAACUUUGUUGACAAACUGACUAUUGGAAUGCCAAGGGCCAAGAAAGGCACUGUUCGCAGCCAUUCUUGGCCGUCCAUCAUCCCUAACUCGCAGAUGAUCAUAAUACCAUACCCACCAGAUCAACCAAACAAGUGGAAGUCUAAGCUUCUAGUCACACCCAGCAAGCUUGUUCUACUGACAGGUCUUUGUAUGUUGGGUCUCUGUGCAUUACUUGCUCUGGUCAUAAUGGUACUUCAUUUGUUAGAAAAGCGAGCAGAUCAAAAGGAGAAAAGAGAAGAUGCACACAAGUUCCAUUUUGAUGCAAUGUAAUCACGUGUUGGUCGCGUGCCUUAUCACGUGUUGGUCACGUGCCUUAUCACGUGUUGGUCACGUGGUCAUCGUUCAGUCAGGUAAUCGUAGUGAGGUACUUAGAACAGAUAGUAGUUUAAUCUCGCAUAUAGAAUUUCUUCUACAAAUCUACUUUUACAAUUAUCCAUGGACUAAACAGGAAGUAGACUGAUCAGGAAGUGGAAUGGCCACGUGUGUCGAGGGUGAUAAAAUAGUAAUUAUAGGAAAAUAUGAACAUAAACAUCGACUUGGAUCCACAGUGGCUUACUAUAGCAGUGAGAGCGCUCUCCUCUUACAUAUGUAGCAUUGAUUCGAUUCCUGAACUCGGUGUCACGUGAAUAGAUUUUAUAUUUGGUUCUUUCCUGUGCUUCGAGGGUUUUUCUCUCCGGGUUCUCCGGUUUUCCUCCAUCCUCAGAAAUCAACUUUUGUGGUCAUUCAAGUGAAGGGGUAGCAUUGAUAGAGAGGGAAGAAGACUUGAACCCAAGGCCAAUUACCUCUUCAAAAUUAGCAGAUCAAAAUUGCUCUGAUUUUUUAUGCUUGUGGAUAUAGACUUUUUUAGAUAGCAAACGUGGUGCAUCCUGGUCUAGCUUGGGUAAAAACAUAUCUUAUUCGUCGUGCCUCAAAUCGUAUUGUUUGUACCCAAACUAGACCAGAAAGCACCUGUUUAUGGACGUCGUAAAAGGACUAUUUCAUUUGUGGGUAUGGAAGUGUUUUUGCUUCUUCUCUAAUCUCUCAAUUUUCGUCUCGGGAAAAAUCUUCUGUGUUUGUAUUUAGUUUUCCCCAUUUUUUCUCAGUCACUUUUUCUUCACAUUCAGAUCAGUAUAUUUAUAAUGCCAUUUGGUUAUAUUUAAUAAUAGUAAUUUUCAUAAUUUUGAAUUUUCUUUCUUCUAUAUAUUAAAACACAGUAGAAUGUACUAGGGAUGUGUAUGGAGCUUCGUCUGAUUUUAAGUCGUUAAAGAAUUUUAAAUCAAGAUAUAAAUAUUACAUUAAUACUGAUAUAUUUACAUGGUACAUAAUAUCACUUAGGAACCAACUUUUUUUCAUUAAAUAUUAUAAUAGUGGCUUUGUCUAGUGGCUUUGUCAUGAGCUUAGGUCUGUAUCUCGUGAAAGGUCUGUAUAUUGCCAAGUUUAGAAACCAGUUGCUUGGUCAGCAAUUCGAUAUACAAAGGCACCUUGUGUACCCUGUAAUAGAUCAUUUGCUAAACGCCACUGACAACUUGCUUUCAUGAUUUUGGCACAGUUUAAAUAAUUUCUAGAUUAUAAUAAUUAUGAUAAUUAUAAUAAUUUAAAUCAUAUCGUAAUUAAAACCAUUUAAUAAAAUAAUUAAAAUUUUCAA